AAAAUUCCUUUUUUUUUCAGUCCAUCUAUUUCUUUUAUUAGUUCUUAUCUAGUUUUGGCUGAAAAUCUUUCACACACACAUCAAUUGAUAAUGAUACUGGCAUUGCUUUUUUGAAGAUUGAUGUAAUUAGGAAAAUUCAUCUGGUCUGUUGGUGUUUUGAGCAGGGAUAAUAUGAUCACCAAGGUUAAAUGAUUUGGAGACAUAAAUUGGAACUUUUUUCACGAGUUUAUGGACAGCCAGGCAUAACUGCGAACAACUGAAUAAGAUAUCAUUUUCACUUCAUGAAGCUGUCUUGAAAUAUUCCAGAUGUUAGACUGAAGCGAUUGCUUCCUUGUUAUUCAACAUGAACAAUGAAGAUAGUGUGUGUUCAGCGCUAGAUAAUAAUACAGUGUUACAGCCAGGAGAACAUUUAGUGAAAAAUUCGAACACUCGUCAAGGUCUGGGAGCUUAUUCCAGUCAGCAAGAUGAAGAAAUUGAUGCUUUGCAUGAAGGGAAGGAGGGUGGUACAGGACAAAACAGUAUGACUAUGUCUUAUGGUGAAAUCACUCUAGAUCAAGAAUUGCGGAAUUGUAGAAAGAGCAGCAAAAGCCCAGAAUCUGAAACAGCUGAUGAGCAUCUUGAGAAAAUAAAACAAUACGGCUUUGACUCGGCUUUUCAGCAAAUGUCCGACUCCAUCGAGCAUGAUGCUGCCUCGGAAUGUGAGGAUAAAAUUAUAAGAGAGGAUUCUGAGCGUGAGGAUAUUGAUGAAGAUGUCAUGUCCGGCUCCUACGGAGAGAUUUCUUUGGAUCGGGAGUUGCUCAGCUCAAACAAGAAUAGUGAUUCCCCUAGUAGUAAGGAGGAUUUAAAAAUGGAUGAGAAUAAAUUGACAGAGGACACUGUUAAGGAGAAAAGGAGGCCGGAUAGUUUAGUUUUGACUCAAAAUCCGUUAAGUCAUAAUGAGUAUGUUGGUACAAGUAGAGAAGAAGGCGUUCAACAAAUGCACAAAAGCCAGCAGACGUCAGAGUGUCGCACUAGCGCCGAGGUCUCCCCUUCACUUAGCUCAGAGGAGUAUGCCUUACAUUCCAUGGGUCAUGCCCGUAGUGGGAGUGACACAAGCGGCCUUUCUGAAUUGCAGGGUACACUGACUGUUGACGGUGACCUGGUCACUUUUGUUGCUGAGGAUUUGCAAGAGAAGAUCAAAAUGAGUAGUCCUGUUUCACGUGUCACGGAUACCUCCUCAUUUCCUGGCUCUCGUUCUUCUACUCCAAGCCUCUACAGGCAAGCGCUGCAACCGCAAUUUCAUAUUGUUGACCCCCAUGUGAUAUCAGAUCUCGAAGCACAAGCAAAAAAAGUUGCAACUGUCAUUGAUACAAUGCUAGAGAAUCUGAGUGAAACGUUACAAAGUAAAAAAAAAUAUUGAUAUAAUUAUGAAAUUUGAUGUAUCUUUAUGAAUGAAUUUUAAGUUUAGACACCCUUUUAACUGGCCUCCAUUUAACUGAAUAUCUGAUUUCAGUGGUUAAAAUGAAAAAUUAGCAGUCAACUCAAAUGAUUUUAAAAACAAUUGUAAAAAGGAAAAAAAAAUUGAGAUUAAAUAGUCCUUUAAAGUAGGUGGAGAAAAAAAGAAAGACAGGGCAUAUUGAUCGAAUGAUUACAAUAGUAAAAUAUGUUAAAUCUUGCUAAAUGAGUGAGUGUAUAUAUAUAUAUUUUUUUGUUUUGCAUGUAUUUAGUCUCAUAAAGGAGUCUCAUUUAUUGUAAUGUUAUCUAUGCACCAAAACUUAGGAGAUAAAAAAGCAUAGGAUCUUUAUUAGAUUACUAAUUUAACUUUUCCUUUUACUUAAGUAUUUAUUUAUUUAUUUUUUAAAAAAAAGAAAAAAACUUGUAUGGUGGCAUACUUAAAAAAAUUUUGCAUUUUUUAUUUAUUAAUUAUUACUUAUAUGGAUUUUUAUACAUUUUUAAAAAUGCAUAUUAAAGUUGAAUGCUUUAAGUGUUCAUUGUAAAUAAUUCUGGCGUGCAAAAUAAUUAUCCAGCUCAGUUUACUGUAUCAAUUACAACCUAUGCAAUGCUUUUUAUUAUUAGGGUUUCAUUGUUUCUUUCAUAAACUACAGCCAUUCAGUUCAGUUAAAUGGAGUCUGUUGUAUCCUCAUAAAUAUUACGUAAAUUUUACAAAAUUAUUUAAAUUCAUAUUCUUUUACUUCAAAUUUGAAAAGGAAUGUGAUUCCCAAUUUUCAAAUAAAAAAUUAAAUGAAUUUUUAAAACAAAUGCCUCUCUAGUCAGUAAUUGUAUCAGGAUUUUCAUGUUUUAAAAUCAGGGUAGGCACUCUCUCUUUGAAUCUGGAAUUUUUAGGGGAAUUCAUAUUCAACUCUAGAAAUUCUUAGAGUACUAACAGUGUAAUGACUAGACAUAAUUUUAUAAGUGUAUUUUAAUCCAAUACUAGACAUUAAAGCUCUUUUUAUGUAUAUAAUCGAUCAUAUCUUAUAAAAAAACUUAUUCCAUUGGUUUAGUGAAAUCUGUGAAAGUUGAUCAGUCAUUCUUCAUUACUUUUGCAGUCUAGUUUUGAAAAAUGCAUCAAUUGAGUAAUAAAUAAAAUAUGAGUAAUUUUUUUAUAUCAUUUGAUAUAUAUCAUUGUUUCUCAAUCACUUCUCUGCAGAUUUAUAUAAAUUGGUUUAGGCUUAAAAUAUUUUUCAUUGCUUAGAGCAUGUGAAUAAUUAUUGAUCAAAAACAAAUUGGUUUAAAUUUUUUUUUUUUAAGCUCCACAAUUUACAUGUGUAAAGCCAUGUCACUAAAAUAUUUUACCAGUCUUUCAGGUUAAUCGGGUUGAGAAGCAGUGUGUGAUAGAAAAAAAUUACUCAUCCUUCUUUAUAAGUUGUCAUAUAUUUCAUAUUAUAAUUCUAAAUAAUUAAUAUAUAUAUAAAACAAAUUAACAUCACUUUAAAAUUGUUUUCAGAAAAUAUUUUAUUUAAAAUAGAUUAAUUACCACAUUUGAAUUACUAUUUUAGUAAACUCAUUAGUUAAAAAAAAAUAAAUAAUUUCUUAAAAUAUCACUGCAUGCGAACAUAUAUUCGAUUAGAAAACUUACAAUAUGCAUUUUAACAUUUUAAAUUUCAUUUUGAUAUACUUACAAACCUAUAUUCAAAUAAUUCUCAUGAAAAAAUGAAACAGCUUUUUCUGCUCAACUUAUCGAAGUGUUAGAAUAACACUCCUAGACAAAUUUGACUUGGAUUUCAAUGGUCAACUUUCAUGAUAGACUGAUGGUCAGGUUAAAAAGAUUUUGCCACCUUUUAUAAUAUGGGAAAAAUUUAAAUCAUUCAUAAUAUAGGCAAACUUACAAAGAUGCUUAACUUAACAGGUUUCACUUUGCUAUCAUUUAUUUUUCUUGUUAUCUAUGCUAUAUUAAUGAAUUCUUCUAGUUCCUAAUUUACUCAUUUCAAUUUUCUAUUAACAAAGUGUUUUCCUUAUUUAAAUUAAAUUUCUUUAAAAAUUAAGAGUAUUGACAAUUUUGAAUAAUUCAUAUCUAGAGAUUUUUAUAAAUUAAUUUUAAAUUUUGUAAAUAUACAUAUAUUUGUUUAAUAUCGUGAAGCUUGAAUAAUUAUAGAGGAAAAAAAAUUUACAAUUUUAAUUUUGGGAAGAAUUCCUGUAAUAGCAAGUAAAUGUUUAAAUCAUUAUUAAAAAUAAGCUAAUUUAAAGUGUGAAAGUUUGUAAAACUUACCAAAUUUUUCUCUAAAAAUUUCAAGGAAUUAAAAUUUUUGUGGAGAGUAGCUACCCUGAGAAUACAAAUUCUACUUCCUGAUAUGCUCGAAAUAAGAAAAUUGUAUUUGUUAUUUAAAUGUAUUAUGUAAUUUAUUAACAACACUAACAUAUAAAUACUAAUAUAAUUUUUGUUGUUUUUCGUAAAUUAUUGUAUAAAAUGUUUUACCUAUUCUAAUAAAUUGAUAUACAAGUUGC